AUGCUGGACAAAGCCACUUGGCUCGUGUUGUGCUGUCUCACAGCGCACACCUUGUGCUCACCUGUCCACCCGGCGUUCAGAUUGGAAAAUAAAUCGAUCCCAGGAAGAGGGUCCCCUGUGUUGGCUGAGGAGAGCGGCUCAGUGGGGCUGAGGGCUGACUGUCAGGAGAUCGCGUCUGCACUCGAUUCCACUCCCAAACGAACCGAAAGACAUGCGGAUGCAAUCUUCACUAACUCCUACAGGAAGGUCCUGGGCCAGAUCUCUGCCAGAAAGUUUCUCCAGUCUAUUAUGGGGAAACGACUGGGUGAUGAGGAAGACCUUGAACUAGCCAAGAGGAACGCUGAUGGUCUUCUCACAGAUAUCUACACUCAAUAUCUACACCAGCAGCAGAUGGUGAUUAGGAAAUACUUGGCAGCAGUUCUGGGCAGCAAAAGCUUUGAAGAUGUAAACCGAGAGCAGCUGCCUGAGGAUAUUGCUGCGGUCCUGGAGAAAGAUUAUGGUACCAAACCCAUAUAUGGUAACUGA